CAGAAUAAAAGGAGGGGUCUGCACUGCAGGGCUGCAUUGGCAUAUGCGGGGAAGGACAGUGCUUCAUCUACAGGUCAAAUAAUUGAUGAUGAAUACGGCAGAGCUGAAAAGAAAAUCUCCUGGAUAAAAUAAUGAACAUACCUCUUCUAUAAAGUGAGAAGUUGUUUGAAUAAUCUGGACCAAGAGUGGGAUGUCUGAGACUGCAUCCACAAUGGAGGAGGGAACUGGUGAAGAAGUGGAACUUCACCGUGAGGAUUUAGAGGACACUCCAACACCAAGCGUGCCCUGCCCUCCUUUGAAGACAACAGUCUGUCAUGUUCCAACGGUGGAAAACUUGACUGGGCCUCUCCAAACAUCUGCAAAAACAAGCACACAACUGGAGAGUUUAUUGGAGGAUCUGGGCUUGCAGCAGCACUACAAAGACAAGCUAUCACUGAGCAGAAUACUUCAGAUUGAUGAGAAGACCAUGAGUGAUGAACCUGCCAAGAGUAAUUCAGAUCUUCCAUUUUAUUUUCUUAAGAAACUGAUGAUGGUUAAUGUGACAGCUAGAAAUGUAAAAUGUACAUCUGUGAAUGAAUCAACCUGUGAUGCUACAUCUGAAAAGACAGAGUUAGAUUUUGAUAAUCUGUUUGACAGUCUACAUUCAGGUGACAUGCUGAACCCUCUUGACAUAAUCACUGCUCUCUUUUUGUGUUCUGAUGGAUUUGUACAGCAGGAAAUGGCACUCAAAAUGUCUAUGUGUCAGUUUUCUGUGCCUCUGCUGCUUCCUAAUUGUGACACAAAGCAAUGCACACUUAUGCUUUGGGCCUUGAGAGACAUUGUUAAAAAGUACAGACCUCAGUCACUUUCAGAAUCCAAGGGCUUUAUUGAAGACAGAAUUGUUGUCUCUAAACUUCCAAUGAUAUCUUUUGUUAGACUGGGUGACUGCUCCUUGUCCAAGUCAGAGAUACUGAAUAAGCUUCUGAGCAAUUCUCAGCAGUACCAUGACACCUUCAUUCACCGUAACAUGGAGUGUGGUGACAGUCCAAAGAAAAUAUCCAAUGGAUUGGCUGAAAUUACUUGGUACCUUCCUUGUGGGAAUAAAAACAUGGAUGUUUUCAGUGAGCCAGUGGCUGUAGCUAACCUUCGUGGGGACAUUGCUUCAUUUGAGACACAAUUUUCUUUUUUGUGUCUAACAUCUGCAGCAGUUUUUGUCUUCUUUGACAAUUUGGACUCUCAGUGUGAACUGCUCACUAACCAAAACCACAAGGCACAGAUCUUCUUGGUGGGUAACCAUCAAAGCAAUCGCUCCAGUAUAGACGCUCUAAAAAAGGUGGCAAACCAGUUGGGAUUGACAAACAGCAACAUCCUUGUGAAGACUAAACAAAUGAAUGAUGCAGACUUUGUCAAAAAAAUGCGGAACACAGUCAGGGAUGUAGUUGAAAACUCGAAGACGAAGACAGGAAUUGAGCAGAUGGCUAGCAUUGCCCAUGAACUGGGAAUCUUGGUUGAUGAAGACUCUGAGGAUUGCCAGACUGCCAAGGAAAAUGCAGAUGCCAUCACGGCAGAAAUUAAAGACAUUCUAAAAUACAAAGAAGAUGAGUUACCCUUGCAAGGCCAAAUAUGGAAGGACCUGACUUGCUUAGAGAAGGAAGAAUUUCGGCUUCGAAACGUUGGGUCUAAAAACAUAGAAAUGUACAAAAGUGAUCUUCAGAAGGAGAAAACAAAACUUCGGGAAACACAGAACUCUUAUGACAUGUCAAAGGCAAUGACAUGUUUCAUCAAAGCAAUAUCAAAUCCAGGGAUAGAGAGGUGCUAUUUCCUGAAAUGGAUGCGUAUGAACCUUGAUAACCUCUCUCGAGAAAAACUGUCUGUCCUCAGGGAGCAGUACAAAAAGAAAUACAACUCUAAGAACAAAGAGGAGAUCAAAGACAUCGACAGAAAACUUUCCAACAGCUCACUAGGGACUGAACACUUCUUCCGUGAAAUGGGUCAGAUCUAUGAAGCAUCAGUUUCUCUUCCAGAAACAGACCCAUCACGUCAACAAUUACAGCAUCUGCCCAAACUAUGUGCACAAUUGUUGCUUGAUGGAUUUCCCCUUGAGCUUGUAGAUGGAGAUGCAUCCAACAUACCUCUCAGAUGGGUGAGUGAUGUUCUCUCUCAGCUCAAUGACAUGGUGUCUCCUAAGAGCAAGAUAUUGGUAGUCACAGUUCUUGGAGUUCAGAGCACAGGAAAGUCCACUCUCCUCAACACCAUGUUUGGAGUGCAGUUUGCAGUCAGCAGUGGUCGAUGCACUCGAGGUGCCUUUAUGUUGCUCAUCAGAAUCAAUGAAGAUGUUAAAAAAGUUCUCAACUGUGACUUCAUGAUGAUCAUUGACACUGAGGGCUUAAAGUCACCAGAGCUUGCACAACUAGACAAUAGCCAUGAGCACGACAAUGAGCUUGCAACACUUGUUGUGGGGUUGAGUGAUAUCACUAUUAUCAAUAUUGCAAUGGAGAAUUCAACAGAAAUGAAGGAUAUCCUACAAAUAGUUGUGCAUGCCUUUCUCAGGAUGAAAGAGGUUGGCAAAAAGCCCAAAUGUCAGUUUGUCCACCAGAAUGUGUCAGAUGUUUCAGCACAUGAGAAGAACUUACGAGACAGGAAACUGCUCUUGCAACAGUUAAAUGAGAUGACCCAAGCAGCAGCCAAAAUGGAAAAGAAAGAGGAGAACAAGAGUUUCACUGAUGUGAUGGACUACAGUCCAGACACUGGGAACUGGUACAUACCUGGACUCUGGAAUGGAAACCCACCAAUGGCACCAGUCAAUGCAGGGUACAGUGAGGCUGUUUAUGAGCUCAAGAAAAACAUCAUCCACAUUUUGGGAAGUUGUGAAUCAUCUUCAAAUAACAUGUUUGAGUUUACAGAGUGGAUCACAAGCCUGUGGACUGCAGUCAAGCAUGAAAACUUCAUCUUCAGCUUCAGAAACAGCCUCGUGGCUGAUGCAUAUAUGAGGCUGUGCACAGAAUUCAACAAAUGGGAAUGGGAAUUCAAAAAAGAAAUGUACACAUGGGUUAUAAAUGCAGAAACAAGAAUUUCCAACUUUGGCACUGUUGCUGUGAAAUCUGAGAUAUCUGACAUGGAAGAGUUUCUCACUAAGUUGAAAAGUGAAGCGUGCACAGUGCUGUCUAAAUUGGAGACAAAGCUUCUUGAAAAUCUGGAACAGUACUUCAAGCAAACAGAGGGUCAUGUCUAUCUUGUUGAAAGAUACAAAGAGGAAUUUGCAAACAGCGCAAAAAACCUUCGACGAGAAGUGGAGCGCUCUGUACUAAAUCAGCUCAAAGCAGCAGCUGACAUCAGACAGGGAAUGACAGAAAUUGAUCAAAUCAAAGAGAACCACACAAAACAAUUAGAGUGGAGAGUGCACCGAUUGAUUGAUGAAUGUCGGAAAAAAAAAUUUGAGAUGACAGACGAAGAGCUAGAUGAAGAAUUCAAUAAGAUGUGGAAUAAAACCCUGAACGAACUGUCUUGUCCAAAACAAAAACCCUCAGAUGUCAUCACAAGUGUGACCUACCACCUGAGAGAAAAUCUAAGACAUAAGGGGAGUCAUUAUUGUCAGUUAUUAAGUCAAAAAAAGUUGCAAGAUUGUGGAAAGGAGCCUUUCAAAUGUACAGCUGAAGGAUUUUACAAAUGGGCCAAACACAAAGUUAGCAAGAUCUUGAACAUUGAAGAUCAUGUAAUGGCUUCACAAAAACUAGCUGACAGCAUCAUAAAUGCUUGCACAGAGUUUGUGACUGAAAAAAUGCAAAGAAAAAACAAUUACCAUGACACUUACAUCCAGGAGAUCCUACACAUGAUUGACAACAAGCUACAAAACAGUCAGAAUGUUAAGAUAGAGACUGAGUUUGAAGUUUCUCUAAAACAGCACAUCUGUGGAGAUGCAGCCAGACAGUUCCAGAAAAUGCACGAAGAUUUCAUACAUCUGAAUGAUCCCUACAGAUGUCUGAAUCAAAACAAAGAUAAGUAUUGUGCUGAUUUUAAAGAUGUGUUCCAUGGCCAAGACCAGUGCCAGAAGAAGGCAGAUGAAUUCACAAAGCGCUGCUUGAAGCCUGCAGUCAAAGACUUUGUCAACCGUUCCUUAGGUCCUGACAUCAUUGGUGAAAUGCAGACACGCUUUGAGUUUAGCACACGAAUUUCCUUCCAGUAUUCACUUUUACUGGAUUUGCUCUCAAAGAAUGACUUUAAAGAGUAUUUGAGCUAUAUUAACUCAUAUGAGGAUUAUGUAAAGAAAUGGAUCCUCAACAAAAUACUGGAACACUUCUCAAAAAAGACAACAUUUAAAUGUGAGGAUAAACAUCUCAAAUCAAGCAUCAACAGCAUAAAUGAUGCUAUCAACAAAGCCAAAAUAACGAAAACAGGCAACUUGAAGACAUUUGUUGAACAUAUCUGUCAGGAACUUGGUGACAAACUGGUCAUUUCCCAGGAUGCUCUUGGUGCUUUCAUGAUCCUGAACAAUGCUGACCUGGAACAGUUUGCCAAAUGGCUCACUAAGUGUGUGAAGGACAUGGAACAAACUGUCAGAGAGAGGUUUAAAGAAACAAACAUCCAAAUGAAACUAACAACUCUUCCUGUGAAGCCUCAGAACGAGCUUUUCACCAAACUGAUUGGAUGUGGUCAACAGUGUCCAUUCUGCAAAUCGUCUUGUGACGCAGGAGGACAGCAACAUAAAGAGCACUUCACUUCACUACAUCGACCAAAAGGUCUGGGUAGAGUUAUGUGGGAUAGUACAGACAAACUUGUCGUUGACAUAUGCAGCUCCUCAAUGUGCAGUGACGCACGUUUUUGCUGCAGUGCCACAAAUGGUGAAUGGCACCCUUAUAAAGAUUACAGAACAAUCUUCAAAGACUGGCACAUUCCUCCAGAUGUGAGCCUUCAGGCAUCAGACUACUGGAAAUAUGUACUGGCAACGUUCAACAAAGAGUUUGCCAAAGAAUAUAACGCACAGCCUGCUGAUAUUCCUGACACUUGGAAAUCUAUCACACACCAGCAGGCAAGGGAGAGUCUCAAAAAGUCAUUCAACAUGAAGUGAAGCUAAAACUCUCCCCUCACUUGCCUUGAGUGUACAGAGGUACACAUCCUUUCAUGGAUAUUUUGAUCUGUGUUGUUUUGUAUGAAAUAGAAGAGAAUCACAAACAGUAAAAUAUCAUACAUAAGAUGACAAGGUUGAAGCUGUCAGUACUCAUUUGUUGAGAGACAUUUUAACAUGACGGUCUGCAUCAUGUACAUGAGAGAAAAUCUCUGCAAAUAGUGUUUGCCUCAGAGAUUACAUGGAACGUGUUUUUACCAAAAUAAUCUGCUUUUACUGCAUAUUAAUGUUGACCUUAUUAACAUUUUGAAACAGUCAUUUACUUGUUUUAGUUAGAUUAAAUCUGAGUUUGAGGUUGUGAUGUUUGUCUGACAGAUGAGUGCCAUUAUAUUGCUUCUGAAAAGAUAUACACACUUAAUCAAGACAUCAAAGUCUUUUAUCAAAUAUGAUAUGCAAAUAUGUUUUUUCUUGAUGUUUUUUGUUGAGUAUGUGAUGUCAAAUAUUUACAUUUCCUGUUUAAAGAUCACACAUGGUUUAUGUGAGACUGUCAUAAUAAGAAGUUGUUUUUUUCUUUUGAUUAAGUAAGAUAUAUGUUUGUUUUUGUUUCUCUUAAAUAUCUGAUGACUCAUUCUUCCUGCAGUAAUGUCAUAACAGGACAGAAAGUUUAACAAAAAAGCUGAUAAAAUGUGAUUAUUAACUCUGAAUUUAGAAUCUGUUUUUGUUUCUGUAUCUGAUGCAAAAUAUUUUUAUUAACAAUCAUUCAGUCUAAAUGUCAGCAUGUAGGUUAUGUAGAGUUGUUUUUCUUAUCCUAAAUUUCUUAACUCAGACUUUAGAAUCUCUUUGGUUUUGUUUCAAUGACGUAUCAUGCACGUAGGAUUCUAUCUAUAUCUAUCACACAUAAGCAGGCAAGGGAGAGUCUCAAAAAGUCAUUUAAUACUGUAUGAUGUCAGACCUAAAAACUUCCUUGUUUUGUUGUAUUUCCAUUUUUUGCAGAAAGUUUGAUCUUACUUUUAUGUGAAAUUGAAGAGAUCACAAAUAAUAAUAACAUGUUGUACAUACGGUUGAAGAUGUACUCAUAGAAGUUUUACCACGUUACCCACAGAGAUCAUUGUUUUAUUGAAAUAAUCUGCUUUUAAUGCAUGUUCAUGUUGACCUCAUCAAUUUUGAAAUACUCUUUCACACAUUAGCAAAAUACAUGUUUUAAAUGUUAUAAAAGAAAUCUGAGUUUGAAUUUUUGAUCUUUGCCUGACAGAUGAAUGCCAUUAUAUUGAAAAGAUGUACACAGUUAAUCAAGGCAACAAAGUGAAAGAAUUUUUUUUUCUUGUCAAAUAUAUUAUGCAGUCUUUUAUGUUUUUUUUGUGAGUUUCUGAUGGCAGAUAUUUACAUUUACAUGUCAUUUUCAAAGAUAGUGAUAUUGUCAUAAUAGGAUAUUAUGUUUUGUCUUGUUUUUUUUUUCUGUUUCUCUUAAGUUUCUGAUGACAAAUAUUCACAUGUCAACAUGUACGCUAUACAUGACAGUUUGAGUUUUUUCCUUAUAUAACUGAGUAUCAUAUGUAAUUUUUCUCUGAAUUCAGAAUCUUUGUUUUUUUUUUUCAUGAAGUAUCAUGCACGUGGGAUUAAUGUUAACAAAUAUAUAACUGACUAUUAAUUAAAUAAAGAGACAAAACUGAGACAUGCUCAGAGUCUGGACUUUUCAGAUUUACUCAACAUUUCAUCCAGCACAUGAACGUCUUCACUGCUACAUCACGUCACUGUCAGGUCAACACAACUUCCACACCCACAAAGCAAGCUAAAGAAGAGAAAAGCUUCCACGUAGAAAUGUACAGUUUUCAUCCUCUUCCAGAUGUUGUGUGUCUGUCUCUGUCCUGCCACCCACUUUGGUAUUUUUCUUCACACAUCCAGUUUCCUCAGAGUGAGCAGACUGCAGUGAAUCUGUCACAAUGGCGCCCUCCAGUGUUAGCUUAUAAAAUAGACAAGGAAAAAGAACAGACCAAACUGAAUCCCUUGUUUCUGUUCUCACCUCCAGUGGUGUCUUUGUAGCUGUGCUGUGGUGAGGUUUACUUCACAACCCUCACUGCCUCCAUAUCCACAGAAUGAUAUGUAAUCUUUAUUGAAAGUCAUAAUUUUGAAUUUCCUACACACUGAUCCUUUAAAGGUGGGGUUAGUCAUAUGUUAAAAACAUAGUUGAUGUUGAGUCACAUCCUCAGGUUGUCAAAUAACGACAUAUUGAGUUAUGCUAAAUGGGAAAGUGGCUUGAAGCCACACAACUCAAUAAGCGGUGUUUGUUCUGGGAAUGACCUCCAACACUCACCUGUCUUUCUCCAGUAUGACUGACCCCACCUUUAAAAGAAUUAAAGGAUAAUUUUCAACAUGUAUUACUCACUCCUGUUCACUGAUUCAAUAAAGAGACAAAAUGGACAAACUGGCUAUGAAUGUCUUUAAUGUUUCCCAGAUCAGAAUCACAGCAUACAGUGUAUAAUAACUUCUAAAGUAAACAGAAAUAUCAUCACCUCAUUUAUUUAUAUAGUUUUACUAUACUUUUUUUUAAUAAUCAUCUUUUUUAAAAUUCCAUUAUUUAACAUUUUUCUUCAUCUCAAGUUUCUGAAUUCAACAAAGAAUGUAAAAACGAGACAACAGGUGCAACUUUGCAACGCAGACCAAGCUGGAGAUUUAUGUGAGUGAGUGAGUGUGUGUCUCUCUGUGUGUGUUUACCAUAGUUUGGUGUUAACUCUGACCUGACACAGGAUCUUGAAUCAUCUUGUGUCUCUUGGCUGACUGCAGUUUUUGGGCAUAUUGAAAAAAGAAUAAACCCAAAUCCAGCCCCAACUGUGAGAACCACAGGAUUGCAGUGAGUCACUUUCUAACAGAUGCAAAGCUAAGUGUGUGUUCACAAACUUACAGUCUGCUCCAAUGUUAAACACACACAUGCUCAGAGUCUGAAGGCGCACUGGACUUGAACGUCUUCACUGCUACAUCACGUCACUGUAAGGUCGACACAAACCUCCACACCAGCGAUGCAACAAACACAGU